CACUCAACGAUACAAACUGCUCAGCAGGGAAGCGGCCGCAACGCUAACUGUAGCGCUAGCGGAACCUUCCCGUAGCUUGAUCCCCUUUAAGCUUUUCCUCCAGGCAAAUUAUGCCCCAGUCAGCGUGUAUGGCCUAUGUGGAAGGCAAAGAUCGCACCCUGGGAUGAUUGCUUGUUGGUGUCUUGAUUUUCCUUAUGUUAACAAAGUACAUAGGAAAUAAGCGAACCUGAUUACCCUAGCGUUCAAUCGACACAAAACAGUUGGAGUUUGUCGGCCGUGGACCAUCGGGAAAUUAACAAACGGAAAAACGGGAAAAAAUAUAAAAGAUGUUUUUUGUCCGUUGAGGGCUUUCGUUCAAUUGAAUAGAGGCAUUGAGGAGAAAGGAUGUUUACUGUGGAAGAACAUGUCUGAGGUUCUGUGUAUAUGCUGAAGCAACUGGUAUAUGCGAGGCACAUCCAGGCUGUGGUAUUGAUCUUAACACAAGGGGUGUGCUCCACUGACAGUUUAGCAGAAGCUUGGUAAAGAUCUUUUUCACAUGGAUUUAAAAAACAGUUUAUCGGCGGCAGCUGAAUUGAGGGAGCCUGUUUAAGAAGGGAUGGUAAUUAUAGCACAGUUGUCUCCGUAGUUGCAGUCAUGGUGCAUACGUCACUCUACCUCCUCACCGCAUGCGUUGCCGUGAACGUCGUUCAUGCCGUAUUUCUCGUCCGUCCGUUUCUCAAUGGUCGUAUUCCGACAACGUUUGGUCUUCCCCGGCAUAAUUUCUGGCCAUAUAUACCAAUCAUCCCCCCUGUGAAAGACAACAAGACCUACUAUGGACUCCCAAAGCACAACUUCUGGCCUUGGAUCCCAGUUGUACCCCCCGAGGACGACUUGACGCCGGUCACGCCCCCAGGACCCACCCCUCCUUGGCCGGACCCUGAGGGAGGAUACAACUACGGGGAGGCGAUGUAUAAAUCUAUUCUGUUCUACGAGGCUCAGAGGUCAGGCUACCUCCCGGACAACAACAGAAUCACCUGGAGGGGGAACUCGGCCACUGACGACCGGGGCAUGUUCGGGGAAGACCUGACCGGAGGCUGGUAUGACGCCGGCGACUACGUGAAGUUCGGGUUCCCGAUGGCGGGGGCGACGACGAUGUUGCUGUGGGGGUUCCUGGAGUUCAAGGAGGCGUACGAGGGGACUGGACUGUUGGAGGACAUGUACGACUGUGUGAAGUGGCCACUUGAUUACUUUCAGAAAGCUCAUCCGACCAAGUACGAGUUCUAUGCCCAGGUAGGUGACCCGUAUGUAGAUCACAGCUUUUGGGGAAGACCGGAAGACAUGGACAUGUACAGACCGUCGUAUCGCUUGACACCUGAACGACCCGGAAGUGACGUCAUUGGAGAAACGGCAGCAGCGUUGGCUGCCGGAUUCGUUGCAUUUAAACCAAAAGACCCGGUCUAUGCAGCGGAACUACUUCGUCACGCGGAGGAACUUUUUGACUUUGCUGAUCGAUACCGAGGAAAGUACAGCGACAGCAUCCCUAUCGUGGAGGAAUUCUACACGUCGUCCGGCUACCGUGACGAGUUGACGUGGGCGGCAGCGUGGUUGUACCGCGCCACCGGCUUGAGGAAGUACCUGGUCGCCGCGGAGCGGAACUACGACCGGGGAAGCUGGGCGCAGUCCUGGGAUGAGAAGACGGCAGGGGCCACGGUGUUGCUCUACAAGCUGACAAAGCAGCGGAGGUACCGUCUGGAGAUCGAGGACAUCAUGCGCGACUGGCUCCCCGGGGGGUCGGUGGACUACACCCCGAAAGGCCUGGCGUUCAGGAUGAGAUGGGGGUCGCUCCGAUAUUCCGCCAACAUGGCGACUGUUGCCCUGGCUGCAGCUAACCUGGGCGUCAAACCAGACUUGUACCGGAAGUGGGCCCAGGACCAGAUUCACUACAUGCUGGGGGAGGGGGGCAGGAGCUACGUCAUCGGCUUCGGGUUCAACCCCCCGACACGACCACACCACGCCUCCAGCUCAUGCGACCCUAGUCCCUGGCCGUGCACAUGGUCGGACUUCUCCAAGUCAGAGCCCAACACACACACGCUGUACGGAGCUCUGGUGGGCGGGCCGGAUAUCUACGACAACUUCGUGGAUGACAGGGCCGACUACAUCCACAACGAGGUGACCACCGACUACAACGCCGGUUUCCAGUCAGCUGUGGCGGGUCUAAAGCUACUGGAGAUGAAGAAGCAAGCGGCCGAGGGCAAAGCGACCAUCAGCUUAUCCACACCGACGCUAGCCGAGAUACGAUCAGUUGAAAAGCACAGCCAACCGCUUGUUCGACUUAUCAGAACUUCGAAAUAACAAAUUUCCAUCAGUUAUGAGUGCAGGACAAACCAUUCCGUGUUGAAUUGAUAUACAACAUAACGCCUCAUAUUCGAUAUAUCCGAUUUUCGACUUAUUGGAACAUAUUGUCGUAUAAUGCGUAUAUUGAGAAGGAAUCAUUAGCUGUUUGUCACAAUGACGUGAUCACAAGUGCAAAUAGAGCGGUGCAUAGUCGAACGAGAGUGUGUGAAGCGCGUGUAAAAUACUGUACAUUCCCUCGGUGUCUCCAUGUUGUUGGUGUACUAUAUUGACAGUUGUAUAUAGUGUGUAUAUAUUUUGUACCAAAGUGUAU